AUGGAAGGACUUUUUCCAUAUUCAUCAUCAACAAAUAAUAUUGCUAAUCGAUCUUGUUUUGAUUCUCAAGAAUCAUCUAAACAUCAUGUUAUUAUUAUGUUAAUUGAUGCUCUUCGUGCUGAUUAUGUAUUUAAUAGAAAUGAUUCAUUUUAUUUAAAAUCUAUUGAAAAAUUUGAACAAAAUGGAAAAGCUUUAUCAUUUAAAAUGCGUAGUCAUACUCCAACAGUAACAUUACCUCGAUUAAAAGCAUUAUUAACAGGUACAAUACCAUCAUUUUGGGAUAUAAUUUAUAAUUAUAAUUCAAGUAAACUUGAAUUAGAUAAUAUAUUAAUUCAAUAUAAAAGAAAAUAUCCUUUAAAUAAAAUAAUUUUUUAUGGUGAUGAUACUUGGAUUAAAUUAUUUCCUAAUGAUAUUUUUUAUCGAUCAAAUGGUCUUCAAUCAUUUUUUGUUACAGAUUUUAAAGAAAUUGAUUUAAAUGUAACAAAUAAUCUUUAUUCUGAAUUAAAUAAAAUGAAUGAAUGGAAUUUAUUAAUUGUUCAUUAUUUAGGUCUUGAUCAUAUUGGUCAUGCUCAUGGAGCAUUUAAUUAUUUAAUUAAAAAUAAAUUAAAUGAAUAUGAUGAAAUAAUUAAUUUAAUUUAUUCUAAAAUGAAUGAUAAUGAUAUAUUAAUAAUAACAGGUGAUCAUGGAAUGGCUGAUAAAGGUGGACAUGGAGGUUCAUCAUUAGUUGAAAUAAAUAUUCCAUCUGUAUUUGUAUCUCAUAAAUUUAAUAAUUAUAAAAAAGAAAAAAAAGAAUAUUUUCAAAUUGAUUUAACAGCAACAUUAUCUGGUUUACUUGAAAUAAGUAUACCAUGGAAUAAUCUUGGAAUAUUAAUUGAUGAUGUUUUAGAAAAUUAUUAUUCAAAUAAGAAAAUAAAUUUAUUAAAAUGUUUAAUUGAUGAUAAUCGAAGACAAUUAUAUAAUCUUUUAUCUGAUAAAUAUUUAUCAUUAUAUUAUUCAAAUGAUCUUCAAUUAAUUCGUGAUAAAGCUAUUCAAAUAUCAAAUCAACAAGAUUUAAUUAAAAUUUUAUUAAGUAUUUCAAUUUUCUGCUCUAGUACAAUUAUGUUAUGGUAUAAUAUUGAAAAAAAUUCAUUGUUUUCAAUAAUUGUAUUAAUAAUAUAUUAUUUAAUAUCUGGAAAAAUGCUUAUUAGUAUUGGUAUUGGUGUUUUUUGUUUUUCUAUAAUUGUUAUUAUAAUGAAUAAAAAACAAAAGAUUGAUUAUAAAAAAAAACUUGAUAAUAAAAUUUCAAAUAUAUUUCUAAUGUAUUAUCCAUUAUUACAUUUAAUAUCAUUAUUUUCAAGUAGUUUUAUUGAAGAAGAACAUCAAAUUUGGUAUUUUUUCUUAUCAACUUAUUUAUUAUUAAAAACAAUUGAAGAUAAAUCAUUUAAAAUUUUAUUUAUGUUAAUAUUAUCUCGUUUGAUACGUUCUUGGAAUCAAACUGGAAAUAAAUGGUUACAUUUAACAGAUAUUGGAGAUUAUCUUAAUGCAACUGAAAAUGGUACUUAUUUAUUAAUAAUUCAUAUAAUAUCAUCAAUUAUAUUUAUUUAUUUAUUAAAUAAACCUCGACAAUAUAAAAUAUCAUAUUUUUUACCAAUAAUUGUUAUCAUUUAUCGAUGGAAUUUAAUUGGUUGGUUAUCUUCAUUAAUCCCAUUAUUGUAUUAUAUAUUAUUAAUUGUAUUAAUUGUUGUAAAUCAAUUGCCGAAAGAAAAAUUCUUAUUUUGUUUAUUAUAUAUAUUAUGUCGUACACAUAAUUGUUUAAUAAUAAUAGUUCAUAUGAUUUAUUAUUUUAAUCUAAAUGAAAAAGAUGCUCAUCUUUUAUUUUUAUUUAGUCAAUCAUCUUUUUAUCAUCUAGGAAAUUCAAAUUCAUUUGUAACAAUCGAUAUAUCAUCUGGUUUUGUUGGUAUUCCAAUAUAUAUUCCAAUAAUUCAUGGAAUAUUUAUUUAUUUAUCAACAUAUGGUUUAUCAAUUGUUUGGCUAUUUAAAUUAUCAAAAUCAGAAUUAAUUUAUUAUUUAAUUGAAAUAACAUUAAUAAAUAGUACAUUUGCGUUAUGUAUUUUAAUUCAACGUUAUCAUUUAUUUGUUUGGACUGUUUUUGCUCCGAAACUAUUUUAUUUAUGUGCUCAAACAGCUUUUAACUUAUUUCUUUUGGUUCUAAUAAAAUAA